AGCUUCCUAUCGGACCCCUCGCAAAUGCAUGUGAAAUAUUUCUUGCGAAUCUUGGUCACUUGAUUGAAUUUGAAAAUGAAAUGUAUCGUAUUAGGCCUACCAAAUGUGUGUUGGUUAGACUUUAGGAAACAAAAUCACUGUUGAGCUAUUUUGACCAUUCAUUACUUUUGGAAUAUUAUUAAGACUGAAAAUAUUUUUUUAAACAUUUUUCAUCAUCUUUCGCUUUCUAUUGACUGUUGUAAGUUCCCUGGCUUUGCUUUGCCUUUUCCCGGAUGUAGCAAAAUUGUGAGUGUGUAUGAUUAUGAAAUUACUUUCUGAUGCAUACCAUGACAUGUGCACAUAUACUAAUACAACACUGUUCGGUACUACAAACACUAUUGGCCUACUACAUUUUUUUUUCACACAUUGGGGAGUUUGGAAGUUAAUGUAUGGGCUCGUCCAAAUAAUGUACAUUUAAUUUCCAUGUAAACUUUUAUCUGUGAAUGACAUAUUUGCUGCAUUCAGGGGCUUUUUUUAUCUUGAAUUAACACACUAUAACUCUGUGUUUCUUGACAGGCAUCAGCUGUCCCUAGCACGGAUCAGUCCCACUUUCGUCCAUCUCAGCUGUCACCAUUUUCUGCCGAAAAUUCACCAAAUAGUGCUUUGCCAUCAACGUUUCCAUGUUCUAGGCCAAGUGAUGGUUCAUUAAAUGCUACUGGAGUGACCAUCUUGUUUCCUACACCUGCUUCCAAAAUGACGGACAGCAUUGUUCGUCAGCCCUCUGGAAGGCCACCUGACUUGCUGUCCACUCAACCUUUGCCAUGCUCACCACCAAGCUUGCCGUCUAGUCAACCUUUACCAUGCUCACCAUCUACAUUUAUCUUGCCGUCCACUCAAGCUUUGUCAUGCUCACCAUCAAGCUUGCCGUCCAGCCAACCUUUGCCAUGCUCACCAUCAAGCUUGCCGUCCAGCCAACCUUUGCCAUGCUCACCAUCUAUCUUACCAUCCACUCAACCUUUGCCAGGCUUGCACUCCAGUCAAUCUUUGCCAUACUCACCAUCAAGCUUGCCAUCAUUUAAUGACAGCCAACCAACCCAGCCAACAGAUAGGCCUCCUGAACCAAUCUUGUUGCUGAGAUCUGAUGUUACAUGUAAUACUUCCAAUCCAUCGUUGGGGUAAAGAAAAGGCUUUUACCUGCAUGCCAGAAGCAGGAAUGUGGUCCUUGCAAGAUAUGUAAUUGUAAAUCUGUUAAAUAUUCCCAUCUGUUAAAUGUAAAAUCAGUUGAAUUAGUUGAACUCAUUAAGAAUUUAUGUCAUGUAGAUAUGGAAAGUUGUAUUUGUGCUAAAUGCAUGGCAAAAUAUACAAAAAAAUUGAAGGAUCCCAUGUACACUCCACAAAAACAUAGGAAGAAAGAAAGGAGUGUUUGUUUUUUAUCGUUUUUUGAUAUGUGCACUGACACAUCUCAGAGAGAUUGUAAUUGCACUCUUGAAUCAUUCAAUAAUUGUUUUUCCUUAAAAUGUAUUUCAAUCCCGGAAACAUCAUUAUGUAUAAAGCACCGCACACAGCUGUCACGGUUCCAGAAUUGGGAAUGCUGUUCUGUUUGUGAAGAUUAUAUUAAAACGGAAGACAGAAGGUAUUCAUGUGCAACGAUGGUUGACAUAGAUAAAGAGAGACUUAACAAUAUAAAUGAAAAUCUGUCUCUUAAUGCCGAGAGUAUAUUAUGCAGUUCAUGUUACAGAUACACUUUGAAACAAAUGAAUAAACCAGCUUCAUCAAUUGAUGAACUACAAAAAAUGCUGAAAAUUGAAGCUGCACAACAUGAAAUUAACAAGACAACUCAGGAAACGAUACCAGACAAAGUGUUGUAUGAUGUUUAUUUGUAUGUAUGUACAUUAUGUGAAAAAGAUAAAUGUUUUUUGCUUUUAACUGUAUACAAAUACUAUGUUUCAAAACUGAGAAUAAUAUGCAAGGAAGAUAUGUAUUAUGAACAUAUGAAGAAAAGCCCUUCAUAUCUUAACGGUAGGAUAAUUCAUAAGUUUGGUGAUCUUUCGUCUACGCACAGAAUUGCACGCAAAUAUGGUUUGUUUUAUUAUCCUUCACAUUUAUCACAUGAAGAUAUUCUAUGCGCUUGGCAUUUGUCACACUCAAAACUCAACAAGGUCCAAAGUAAUCAAUCAAGUGAUGAUAUUGAGAUGAUGGAUGAUGAAUCUUUUUCCUUCACUAAUACCGAAUCAGAUUGUAAUAUGCAGUUCAGAAAAAUUGCACUGGAAUGCAAUGAAUUAUUACGCAAACAAGGAAGGGACAUAACCGCUCAUUUUAUUGCGAACCCAAUGUCCUUAGCUGAAUUCAAAUUUGAGACUGCUUUUGAUUUAUUCACCCCCCUUAUUUGGAACAUUAUUUGUAUCAUAACAUCUACUCAGGAUGAGAUCAAAUUUUUCAAGCAAUCUGACAUGAAUAUUGUUAAAGAAUAUGUACAGUUUCCAUCUGAAAAAGGGCAGGCCAGUCACAGAAGGAAACAGAGAAGAGUUGCUACAAUACUCUUGUUGCAAUUCAUCAUAAAUGAUGAGAACAACUACCCUUUGCAUGUCAUUGUUGCCAACUGUGUCAAGAAAAUGUCUCAUUCAACAAAGUUGUUAAAGAUCUUAUAUCAAAUAGGAUUUUCUUGCUCUGAAAGUACAUUAGAUCGAUUCUUACAGGAUAUUCAUGAUAAACGUGCACAAGCUGGGCCCCUCUCUGAAAUUGAAACAUCUGCAUUUACCAUUGUGUCCAUUGAUAAUGUUGAUGUUGUCACUCCAUAUGCUGCUGUUACUUUUGAUAAAUCUAGAAGUUGACAUGGGACAUCCAUCAUGGCUCAGCAACCAAAACCAACAUCUGAAAUUUUACACAAAAAUGAGCAACUUGAUGUGCAAUAUGCAGGUCCUGUUCAGGCAGAUACAUCCUCUAUUGACAACCCAUCACCAUCAUUCAGUAUUGAGAAUCAAUCCCAGCCUGCCACUUUGGUAAGAAAACCCAAAGUGCGUAGAAGAUUAGCGACUUUAGAUUCAAGAGAGG